UUUUAAAUAGCCAAAAUAUCUAUAAUUCCAAUUUCCAAAUUAUUUGCUAAACUUGAUUUUCUAAACUUGCAUUUAAGCAAAGUCCAUUUUCAACAAAAAUAUCCAGAUUUUUUUUAGGAGACACAGAAUCUACCAGGGAAAGAGUAAUGGUUUAACAGCCAGCCAUGUGGCAGUGGAGUUUCUGCUGUCAGGUACAUCAUCGGGGCAAUAUCUCUUAUCCAGUUAAUCAAACUACGUGUACACUCCUUGUUGGACAACGAGAUCCCAACCUAAUCUCGAGAUUAAGUUGAGCUCUCAUGUCAUCCACCGGGAUUUCCACCCCACAAGUAGUGGCUUAGAUUGGUCCUUAUUUCCUGACUUGUUUCGUUGGCGGAGUUUACUACACACCCAGAAAGCAAGUUUGCCGCAAAGAAAAGAUGGCAACGCAAGCACUUCUAUCAGCAUCUCUUAGCUCCUCAGUGGAGACUGCCAGGCAGAUUCUAGGAGCUAGACCACUCCAAUCCCAAAUUGGAUCCUUAAGGAAGGGAUCUUUUGUUGUUAGGGCAGCUUCCACUCCUCCUGUUAAGCAAGGAGCGGAUAGACCCUUGUGGUUUGCAUCUAAACAAAGCCUUUCAUACUUGGAUGGCAGCCUUCCAGGUGACUAUGGAUUCGACCCAUUGGGGCUCUCAGACCCUGAAGGUCCAGGAGGGUUCAUCGAGCCAAAAUGGUUAGCCUAUGGUGAAGUAAUCAACGGGCGUUAUGCUAUGAUGGGUGCAGUUGGUGCCAUUGCCCCUGAAAUACUUGGGAAGGCUGGCCUCAUUCCUCCAGAAACAGCCCUCCCUUGGUUUAAAACUGGUGUGAUCCCACCAGCAGGAACAUACAACUACUGGGCAGACCCCUAUACUUUGUUUGUGUUCGAGAUGGCACUCAUGGGAUUUGCAGAACACAGAAGAUUCCAAGACUGGGCCAACCCAGGUUCCAUGGGGAAACAAUAUUUCUUGGGAUUCGAGAAGUAUCUUGGAGGGUCUGGAGAGCCAGCAUACCCUGGAGGGCCACUUUUUAACCCACUUGGUUUGGGAAAAGAUGAGAAGUCAUUGAAGGAUUUGAAGCUGAAAGAGGUGAAGAAUGGGAGAUUGGCUAUGUUGGCAAUCGUGGGUUACUUCAUCCAAGGGCUUGUAACAGGAGUAGGGCCAUUCCAGAACCUCCUAGAUCACUUGGCUGAUCCUUUCAACAACAAUAUCUUGACUAACCUCAAGUUCCAUUAGAUGAAGUGCCUGCUUUGUUGCAUGGAACUACCCAAGCCCCAUCUCCUAUCUCCUUAGCCUUUCCUGAUCUCAUUGUAACAUGUGAAAAUUUAUUCUGUAAUUUGUGAGAAAGAACUGAAAUAGACUUGUUAUUGUAUUAAGUAUCAUUUUCCUCCGACACCUUUGACCAAAGAGAAUUUACAUAGGGAUGUUGGAGAAGAGAUUCACCAUGGAGAAGUGAA